UCCACCCCUGCCCUCAUGACCUGGCAAAGCACUCCUGCCCAAGAGGAGGCUCAGGACAGAGGGAGGAAGCACAGCAGAGCUGACACCUGGUGGGCAGCAGUGCUUCCGAGCUUCUCUGGAGCCCAGGCUCUUCUCACAGAGGGAGGGACAGAGCAGGCAGCAGCCACCAUGCAAUCCCUCUCAGCCCCUGCCCACAGAGGGUAUGUUCCCUGGAAAGGGCUCCUGCUGGCAGUCUCACUCUUAAGCUUCUGGAACCUGCCAACCACUGCCAAAAUCACUGUUGAAUCGUUGCCGCCCAAUGCUGCUGAAGGACAGAAUGUUAUUCUAGUUGUCCAAAAUCUGCCCAGGAAUCUUCUAGGCUAUAACUGGUUUAAAGGGAACAGACCAAGUCCCAAAACCGAAAUUGCACAUUAUGAUAUAGACAGAAAAACAUUGAUCCCAGGGCUUGCAUUCACUGGCCGAGAGGCAAUAUGCCCCUAUGGAUCCCUGCUGUUAGCGAAUGUCACCAUGGAGUACGCAGGAAACUACACGGUGUUUGUCAUAAAGAGACGUCUGCAAUAUGAAGUAGCAAUUGCACAGCUCCACGUACACAAGCCAGUGUCAAAGCCCUCCACUGGAAUCGUCAAAAGACGUAAACACAGCAGAUACAUCACAUAAGGAGCCUGUGGUCCUGACCAGCCUCACGAAUGACUCUGGGAUCUCCAUCCUGUGGUUCGUCCAUGACCAGAGUCUGCAGCUCACAGAGAGAAUGACACUAUCCCAGGACAAUAGAACCAUCACCAUACACCCCAUUGGGAGGGAAGAUGCCAAGCUUAUCAUGUGAUGUCUCCAACCCAGUAAACUCCAGCAAAAGUGACCUCCUCAUGCUGGAUGUGAAAUAUGAGUCUGACCCUCUGGCUCUCUUACCCUUGUCUAUCUUAUUAAACUCUGAAAAGAUUUUUUUUUCCUAAUCUGUAAGAUGAUGAUUCUGAAGCACUUUUCAGUAGAGUUGUAAUAGUCAAUUAUCAAGGUGGAAAUUCCUUAGAAGACUUGCAUUCAAUCAAUAAAUGCUCAACAAUCUUA